CACGAUGCAGAAGGUAUUUAUUUCCAUCUUUCUGGUCGCUGCUUGUGCUGGCGUCAGCUGUGCACAGUUGUUAUGUAAUGAUAAGUGCAUGGAACUGGCAGCAGAAGUUAACAAUCCACCAAACAACGAAAUAUGGGUUGCCGCACUUGGCCGAUUUUGGAAUGCCGGCUGCGACUACUCAUGCCUGUAUGAGGGUACUUGGAGUGAAGCAGGUUCAACUGAGGAAGAUGGGUCGGCUCCCAGUAAUGAACGAUCGCGUUCGCGCAGAAAGGUUGCGCGCCAGUCCAGACAUGUUUCUGUUCAGCAUCGUAAUAACUGAGAAAACCAUCGCCACUGAAGGCAGAAACAAGUUCUAAGAAGUUUAUCGCUACUUCCCUAAAUUGAAAAAUAGCGGCACGCUAUGUAGAAAUAAUUUACAAAAAAAUUAAAGGAACUUCCACAGAU